UGACAACAAAGGGACAUGCCGACCUAAACUCAAGGUACUGUAGAAUGUUUCAAACCCAAUUUAAUUUAUUCAACAUUGAAGAAAGGAAAAUUACUUAUUGAAUACACAAUAUAUUUGUCAGCAUUGUUUAUCAUUUGCACCUUGCAGCAUCUUGACAAAACAUACAACACCCAUCCAUAUAUUUAAUAUUCUUUAAUUAUUUAUGUUGCUCUAGAAAGCAAAUUUCAAGUUUCUUUUAGUUUAAAUAAUUCUCUCUCACUUGUAUGAAAUACUUCACAAUUGCUAAACCAGGUUUUGACAAAUAGCGGUUUGUACAGAAUACAAACACAAAACCCGUCACACUCCAAGCCACAACUUACCUUCGAUUGACACUUUAACAAGAGCACAUCUAGAAAUUUAGCCAGAGUGGAUUUAGUUCAUAUGUGUUGAGGCUUGUUAGAUUACUGACCACCUGAAUUAGUGACCAUUGUGUUGUUUUAAUGAUAAAUGAGGAGUGAAAUUGUUUGAUUUUAAGAUAAGCUUUGUGUUUAUCAGCACUUAUAUUUAACUUGGUAACAUACAGUAAAAACACAAGUUACAUUACGCUAUUAAAUUCCUGAAAACACAAUCACAAAAAUACAUGCACACAAUCAGAAAGGCUUCCACGAGGAUGAUGGAGAAAUAAAUAAAGUUGCAACGUAAGGACAUUUAAUUCAGGAAUACGCUAAUUAAUCUCCUGUGGUUCAUUAACAUGUGCCUCAAGAUCCCAAAGGCGUAGAACAUUGUGUUGCUUUUUGUCUUUCUGACAGCCUAACGGGGAUCGUCUCACCAGGCCGCAGCACAGCGACACCUAUGUUAUCGGUUUUCUGUCCUGAUGACACACGUAGAAUAACCUUCUUUCAUUGGCUCCAACAGGAGUGUCUCAAGUUGUCUUACUGCACCUGCAAAGAUCGAGAAGGACAAAAUAGCACAGGAGUCAAUAUACUGGUGCAUACCAUGCCAGCAGCAUGCAGGAGGACGGGUAACUGAAUUAUAUCCACUUUGAUAUUGAAGUGAUGAGAAAACAUGCUUAAAGACCUACUGCUGUUAAAACCUCAUAGACAAGUUUGGUGAGAAAGCGGCUGCAAUGGCGGAGCACAUUGGGGAAGAUGGAGAGAGCACGCUUAUUGGAAUGGGACUUCGUGUCUCCGUGUCCCCCGUGCAAACUGCUUUUUACAUCAUGCUGGUGACUCUGGGCAUCCUGGGAAAUUUCACCGUCGUUGGCGUGAUCGGUAAGAGUAUAGCAACGGACCACGUUGGGGGACGUAACUCGGACAUCAUCAUCAUUAACAUGGCACUGUCUAGCCUGCUGGUGUCUGUGAUGAGGAACAUACCGCUUGUCAUCUCUGACAUUGGACUGGAGCUGUACUCUUCCAAAGAGUGGUGUCAGGUCCUCAUGGGCCUCUGGGUGUGGCUGCGGUCGGUGAAUGUGUGGUCCACGCUCUUCCUCAGUGCGUUCCACCUCCAGACGUUGAGGCGCGUGGCUCCCACCGCGGUGAGCCGUAACGGGCCCCGGGGCCUUCCCAAGACCCUGCUGCUCAGUCUGACCCUCAUCUGGCUUCUCAACUUGGUUUACUCCAUUCCUGCUCAUAUCUUUUCCACUAGCGGAGACGUGAACAGCACAGAGACCCUGAUGCUGGUGAGCAGCACAACGCGCCCCCUGCUGGGCUGCGUGUGGAACUUCCCCUCCAGCUACAGCGGUCUGGCCUAUGCAACCACGUCGAUGGUGAUCCACGAGACUAUUCCCAUAAUCCUAAUGGCCAUUACCAACCUGGGCUCCCUGUACACACUCUACACCCACAGCAGGGUGCGCAGUACAGAUGCUCCGGUCAUAAAGCGGGUUCCCGCUGAAAGACGGGCGGCCAAGGUGAUUCUCACUCUCAUAAUGCUCUUCAUAGUAUCGUGGGGAACUAGCAUUAUCUCUGUCAACUAUUUCAACUACAACAGGGGCUCUUCUGCAGAGUAUCUUCUGAUCAUUGCUCGUUUUGCCAACAUCAUCUUCAUUGCAAUGUCCCCUAUUGUUCUGACAUUCGGCCACCGCCGGCUGCGUUCUUUCGUCAAGUCUACACUCUCUCACUGACAGAUACCAUGUGCA